GUAUACUUUUCGUCCUAUGGACCAAUGUGUUUAGUACUGGUCGAUAAUUUUUAUACUUUAGUUGGAAUGUUGCUUUCAGACAUCACCUUCUGCUUUCGCAAGAGGAAGUUAGCUUUAAAAAAAAUACAUGUGCUUGACAUAGUCAACGAAUAGGACUUAAGUUGCAAAAUGUCUCUGUAACACUGAUAGCAUUAUCUUCUUGACGGUACUUGUGGUUGUGGAUUAUGUAUGCCUCUAAUCUUUUUUCUACUUUAACAUUAGUGAAUGUCUUUUGAAUAUCAUGUAUCCAAGAAAAUCUUGUAGAUUGUAUGGAUUCUUCAAAUUUUGGUGGGAAUCUAGGAGCUCUAUUUUCAUUGUGUGGUCUCACCAAAGUUGUGACAUCAGUUAGUCCAGGACUGUCUGAGUGGUUUAUUAAGGGAGCGAGUGUUCUGUCUCUUCUGUUGGAUACUUAAUGCAGUUAAAGCCUAACUACUUGAACCACUUAUAUUGGGCAAGUAGGCUAGGAACAUGGCACCUGCAUGCCUAGACCCUCCAAACUGAUGACUUAUCUGAUUGUGAAAAUGGCAGAGGCCUUUGUAGUAUAGACUGCAGAUUAACAAGAUAAAUAUGGAUAAGAACCACAGAACUGUUUGCCUUCAGUUCACAUAUACUGAUUGCAGUUAUAUGGCUUCUCAAUCAUGUAUGACUUUGAAACUAUAUUUUCACAUUGCCGCUUGUGCCUUUCUAGCUAUCUGACAGUAGUGUUAGUUCAUAAUUAACAAUUAGUGUUAAUUGUUUCUUCAUAAGAACCAAUAUAAGUAGCUAAGUGCUUUCAGACCUGAGCAUUUUUUGUUCAUAACUUAAGUCGCACCACUUCUGGGGAAGUUAUCUUAUCAGAAGACUUUUGUUCAGAACAAUUAAUGAAUUAAGAGCUAACUUACAAAGUUUCACUCUCAGAAUGAUGCAAGCUGAUAGCAAUACCUGCCAUUUUGUUGGUGCUUGCAGACUUUCUGUACUAGUUGAUAGUACUUGUCCAUGUUUCUUUUUCUUUGAUGUCUGAAAUUCAGUCAUUCGGAGGUAGUAGCAACUUUUGCUGGUACUACUGGUGCUUGCAAUACUAUAAUGGCAUAAAAUAAGCAACAGUAUUUGAUUGAUCAAGUUGGUGGCAUCACUCUGUUGAAUAUGGACUAUCAGUAGCCACCUGCUUAUUUAUAGCCCUCACCAUUUUGGGACGAAACUGGGAGACUGAGAGAAAGAAGAAGCACCAUGACAGCUGGGAGCUUUGUGGCCUGGAGGGGAAGUUCCAUCAACAAAGAGGUGCAUGGAGGAGUCAGAGCAGCAUGGUUUAUGUAUGUUGUGACUGUGUUAAUGAACACGGUUAUUGUCCCAAACAUGCUGAAUCUGGUCACUUAUUUUCAUGGAACAAUGCAUAUGGGGAUCUCAGACUCUGCAACUACUGUCACUAAUCUUGUUGGCGCCACAUGCGGGUUUGCAUUAAUAGGAGCUUUCCUCUCGGACUCUUACAUCAUGCGCUCGACAACCAUACUCCUCUUUGGUCCAUUGAUGUUUCUGGGCUAUGGAUUGCUCGCAUUACAAGCACACUUACCCUCGCUUCAUCCUGCACCUUGCAACGUUGAAGCAGAACUAAGCAACUGCAAAGAGGUCCAUGGCUGGAAUGCUAUCUUGCUGUAUGCAUCGUUGUACAUCAAUGCAUUUGGCGAUGGUUUUGUGCGUUCAUGCAUGCCAUCCCUCGGAGCAGACCAAUUUGACCAUAGAGAUCUUAUCGAGUCCCGCCAGAAGUCCAGCUUCUUUAACUGGUAUACCUUCGGGAUCUCCCUUGGAGGUUUUAUAGGGCUAAUAUUCAUAGUGUGGCUUGAGAACUACAAGGGGUGGGACAUCGGACUUGGGGUGUGUGCCAUCCUAAUUCUGUUUGGUCUGCUCAUUGUUGCUGCUGGUCUGCCUUUCUACCGCAACCAAGUGCCAGAAGGAAGCCCUCUAACUCGAAUACUGCAGGUUCUUGUGGUUGCAUGCAAGAACAGGAAUCUUGAACUUCCUGAGAAGCUGGAAGAAGCACAGGAAAGCUUUACUGAGACAGGGACUAGGACACAGUCUGUUGAAGUACUCUCUCAAACAAAAAGUCUGAAAUUCCUCGACAAAGCCUGCAUUGACCGUGGUAAGGAUGGAGAUUGGGCAGUUUGCACUGCAUCGAAGGUGGAGGAGACUAAGAUUGUGCUAUGCGUGCUUCCGAUCUUCUUCAGCUCCAUGAUAGCAUAUGUGUCGAACACUAUCGUCUUCAUAUUCACUGUGCAGCAAGGUGGCAUGACCGACACAAGGCUGGGCAAGGUCAAUGUUUCCCCUGCGACUCUCUUUAUCAUCCCCAUCACAUUCCAGAUGAUAAUGCUUCCCGUCUAUGAUCGGUUCAUUGUGCCAUUCUUGCGUAAACGCACAGGCUACGUUGGUGGCAUCACUCAUCUGCAGCGCAUAGCUAUAGGCUUCGCUUCCAUGAUACUUGCCUCGGUCAUCGCUGCAGUUGUUGAGAAGAAAAGAAAGGAUGCUGUAGUGCAGAUGUCCCUGUUCUGGCUUACACCUCAGUUCUUCCUGCUUGGUGUGUCAGACGUGACAUCAUUCACCGGACUCCUCGAGUUCUUUAAUAGUGAGGCGCCAUGGGGCAUGAAGUCAAUUGCCACGGCAUUAUUCUGGUGUGAGAUAGGGCUUGCGUCACUGAUGGCUACAUUCCUGGUGGAUAUUGUGAACAGGGUGACAAGGCAUGGUCACCAGAGUGGAUGGCUCGAGGGUACAAGCUUGAACAACAGCCAUCUUGACCUAUUCUACUGGGUUGUGGCAGUCGUCGGGUUGCUUGGCUUCUUGAACUACUUAUACUGGGCAAAGAAGUAUGUGUACCAGCACAAUCCACGCAUGGCUGAGCAAUCAGUUGAUCAUGAUUUGCCUUGAAAUGUCACAUUUGCAUGGGUUUAUUGAUUGCCCAUGGCAUGGAUUAGUCAACUUUGUAAAGUAAUGUAGAAGCAUGUACUAGUAGUCCGCUGUCGUGUGCUGAUUGUUUUCAGCUAAUUGGUUAGAUUCAUCCUUUACACUCCCCCUUCAUGUCAUAUCCAAAAAGAAGUAGGGUAGGCCACUGUGUUAAGGUCGGUGCAGUGUGAAAUCGAGGGACAAGCAUGUUACAUUUCUCGUAUGUUUCAACAUUUGUUACUUCGGUAGAAGCCAUGCUAUUGUCUAUUUCUAA